UAGUUGCGCCGUUGAAUAUUUUGCAUCGACUUGUAUCUCUGGUGCUGACGGAGGUUUCAAGUGAAAAUUUUUGUGUAUUUUUCACACAAACAAUUGUGUGCUAAAGUUUUUCAAAGAAAAUAAACAAAUAUUUAUAAGAAAAAAGAAAAAUUUCAUAAAGUUAUUAAGUAAAACUAAAGAAAUUUUGUAAGAAAAAAAUUUUCUAACACAGCUGCUGCUGCUAAGGCAGCAUAAUUUUGUCUACGUCUUUUUGUAAUUACGGCUACAUGCGCGAGUUUUUUUUACAUUGUACAAAAAAAGCAAGAAAUAAUUAGUUUUACACAGACUGCUUUUAAUUAACGCGAAAAUAAAGUUGUGUGCUAAAAAAGUGUGAAAUAUUUUAUGUGUUUUUUAACUUUAUGCAAAAUAUACAAAAACAAUUAAAAGAUUGGAAAAAACGUUGGAGAAAAUCAUUGUGUAUAGGAGUCCACAACAUGCGCUCUUAACUUAAUAAAUGGAUAAACAAAAACUAACCACAAACCAGCCAUCACAUACGUUUAAAUCAUCAUAAUCUCCAUAAUCUCCAAAAAAAAAAACUAAAACAUCAAUUGCAAAACUCAUUUUUAAUACACAUCCUGCUUUUUCUGCAAAAGAAAACUCCUCAUCAAAUGGGGCCGUCAUUAUUAAACGCCCACUUGGUAAUUAAGCCGGUUUUUAAGAAAACAUAAAAGCAGCAGAAAAAACUCUUAGUGCCAUUUGAAUAUAUAAUAUUUAAAACUCCACUAACUUCAGAAAACAUUUGUCAUCCAUAAAUAUUACACAAAAAGAACAAAUCAGGAAGAACUUUAAAACUAAUAUAACAUGAUUAAUGAAACAAAACUAAAAGGAAUUGUUUAAAUAUAUAAAAAAAAAACAAACAGAAACCAAAAAAACCAAAGGUGUGAUUUAUAUAAAUCAAAUUUUUAAACAGCUUUACAUAAGCCUGUUGCCACUGCCAUAUUUUAAACAUAAUAAAUAAAACAUCACUGCUUACAAAUUUAUAUACUCGCUUAAGCUAAAUAAAAAGUAAUAAAACAAGCUUAAUCACCCAGCUUCAUAUAUAUAAAAAAACACGCACUUAAACCAAAAAAAAAAAAAUUUUUUAUAAUAUUUUACCUUUAAUUCUUCCCAUUACCCUUACCAACAAAAAAAUCUUUCAAAAUUCUACCCAAUAUUUUACCAUUACCACCCAAAAUGGCAGAUUUAAUACGCCUGGGCAACGUGGAUGUUGUCAUACAAAAAGAUAAACUUGGCUCACCCAUCGGCGGUUCAGAUGAUGGUAAUUUAGCUGCCUUUGCUGGUGGUGUUGGUAUAAAUAAUUUUGUUGCGGGCAUGUCAGCUGCUGGUGGUGGUGGAGGUGCUGGCAGUGGUGGUGGUGUUGCUUUCGAUAUGGGUGAUUUACAACAGGAAUUGGAUCAAGAUGAAUUUGAUGGUAUUAAUAUGUUAAAUGGCGAACGACCUGCCAUUAUAGCACCACCAGAAAGUGAAUGGUAUCAUGGACGUCUUGAUCGCUAUUCAGCUGAAUCACGUUUGCGCGGCAGCAGUAAAUUGGGAAGUUAUUUGGUUCGUGAAAGUGAUCGCAAACCGGGUUCUUAUGUUCUCAGCUAUUUGGGCCGCACAGGCAUUAAUCAUUUUCGCAUUACUGCCGUUUGUGGUGAUUUCUAUAUUGGUGGCCGCCAAUUUAUAUCGCUUAGCGAUUUGGUGGGCUAUUACACUUCCUGCAGUGAUCUCUUGAAACGUGAACGUUUAGUUUUUCCAGUACCACCACCCGAACCGGUCAAUGAUAAGAAACGGGUGGUGGCUAUUUUACCCUAUACCAAAAUGCCCGAUACCGAUGAAUUGAGUUUUCAAAAGGGCGAUAUUUUCUUUGUACACAAUGAUAUGGGUGAUGGCUGGUUGUGGGUAACGGCUCACCGCACCGGUGAACAGGGUAUGAUCUUUAGAGAGCUGGUAGAUGAUUUAGAUCCGGCCAUAGAUCCCAACACUGUCUUCCCCUGGUUUCAUCCGAAUUGUACGAAAAAUGAAGCCGUUGAUAUGUUGGUUAAGGCUGGUCCUGGUAGUUUUCUAGUACGUCCUAGUGAUAAUUCACCCGGUGAUUACUCGCUUUUCUUUCACAUUAACAAUCAGAUACAACGUUUUCGUAUAGAGAAAAAGGGCGUACGUUAUCUAAUGGGAGGACGUACUUUUGAGUGCUUGGAUGCUGUCAUAAACCGUUAUCGCAAAGAGCAAAUUGUUGAAGGUCAUUGUCUCAGUCAUCCUGUGGUUAAUGGCUCCCAGCCAGAAUUCAAUCAACAGUAUGUAGUGGAAAAGGCAGCUGAAAAAAUUUAUGCCACUUUACGCGAAUGCCGCGACCAAAUUGGUUUAAAGAAAAUCAAGGGCAUUAAACAUCAUGGUCACUUGUAUAAGAAGUCGGACAAAACCGCCAAAUGGAAACAGUUGUAUUUCGCUCUUAUUAGCGAGGGUUCAGAGACACAUCUCUGCUUCUAUGACAAUCCUAAAAAGACUAAACCCAAGGGACUCAUCGAUCUCUCCUGUGCUUAUCUCUAUCAGUGUCACGAUUCCUUGUGGGAGCGUCCUUACUGUUUUCAAAUUGUUGAAAGAGCUUUGCCCUGUUUGGCCACAGUCACCUAUUUGUGUGCUCCUAGUCAAGAGAGUUAUGUUGAGUGGAUAAAUGCCUUAAAGGCUCAGUGUGUUUCACAACUGAGUAAGGCCCAGAAGAAGGUGCCAAGGCUAAGGGAGUUGCGUUGCUUGAAUUUACAUAUAUUAGAAGCUCAUAGACUGCCAUUUAAAUUAGUGCCACAUCCCUAUUGUAGUAUUUCCCUGAAUCAAGUUAAAGUGGGCAAAACAAAAGUUAAAAUUGCUCCCGAUCCAGUUUGGGAGGAGGAAUUUGUGUUGGAUGAUGUUCCCCCAGAUGUGGUGUCCCUAACCAUUACCCUCAUCUCACGCGGUAAACGUGGCAAGGAUAGCGAGGUAGCCGAACUCACCAUAGAACUAGCCAGCUUGAAAAAUGGCCAAGAAACCGAAGAAUGGUAUCAACUCACCGGCAUGACUCCCAUGGGUGAAUGGGGCUCUCUACGUUUGCGUAUGCGUUAUCUAGAUGAUCUCAUUAUGCCCUGUGAAGAAUACAGUCCUCUGCAGCAACUGCUGCUCGAACCCGAACUCUAUGCGGUCAAGGCUUUGGCGGAACUAUGUCACAAUGAUAGAGUCCCCUUGGCCACCGCUUUACUGCGUGUUUUCCGCCAUGAAAAACGUGAAACCGAAUUGAUACGUGUCCUCUGCCAAGCCGAGAUAGCACGAGAAAAUGAAACCACUACUCUCUUCAGAGGCGCCAGUUUGGCCACUACCCUCAUGGACCUCUAUAUGCGCACCGAAUGCACUGGUUUCCUGCAGGCCGCCGUCUCCGAGACCAUACAACGCAUUAUGGAUAGCAAACAGUCGGCUGAAUUGAAUCCCACCAAAAUGGAUGUUAACGAUGAUGCCUGCUCCAAUGCUGAGUUCCUUUUACAAAUUCUCGAUUUGGUUACCCAUUCGAUAUUCACCUCACCCGAGGCCUGUCCUCGUUCGGUGCGUUUCAUUUGCAAUUGUUUGCAAAAAGCCGUGGUGGCUAAAUGGCCCACGGAACGUUUGGUAAGGACUCGUGUAGUCUCGGGCUUCAUUUUCCUGCGUCUUCUCUGUCCGUCUCUACUCAAUCCCCGACAAUUUGGUUUGGUUAGUGAAACACCGCCCACUGCGGCCACACGUUCGUUGAUUAUGGUGGCCAAGUGUUUGCAGAAUUUGGCCAAUCUUAUAGAGUUUGGUGGCAAGGAACAAUACAUGGAAGUGGUUAAUCCUUUUAUAUUGAAAAACAAAGAACGCAUGAUAGUUUUCCUAGAUCAAUUAUCUAUGAUUACAGAUCCUACAGCACCGCCCGGCUGGAAUUCCGAACAAAAUUCUAAUCAAAAUUCUCAGGAUACUGGCCGUGAACUAGCUACUCUUCAUCAUAUUUGUGUUUCAUAUUUACCGGAAUUGCAAGAAUUAUCGAAUAUACUCUCAAUUAAAAAACUAGUUACUGUUACCGAUAUGCUUACAAAACAUAAACUUAAGUAUCGUGAAAUGAUUAGUUAAGUUGGAAAAAACAAAAACGAAACAUAAAUAAGAACAAAAUUAAAGCAACAAAACUUUUUUAUAUUAAGAAAGACAUUUAUUAUACAAAAAAAUAUAUAUAAUAACUUUAAAUAAAACACGUAACACGUAAAGGGAAAGCUAAAAGAAAAAAAACCAUCAUCAAUAAAGACAUCCAAGAA